AUGUUCAUCAACUGUGAUCCGUCCACGUCGACGGAUCGUUUCCGAGAGCCGAAGUCCUCUCCGGAGCCCUGUUCUGCUUCCUGUUCUUGUGACUUCCAUUCCUAUUCCCAUCAGCGUUCUCACAACUCCAGUUACAACACAUCCAACAGGCCGUUGCUGACGUCGGCGACCUUAUUCCCUCGAUAUUUACAAACAAGUAUUAUAUUCUGCUUACUAAUCUCGACUACGGUAUCUCGGAGUGCAGGUGGGUCAGCAUUUUUUUGGGCUUGAUUUGAAUUCAAAAUUUGAAUACCGACAAUUUGGGGACACGUAGAAGUUACGUAGCGGGUGUUGAAAGGGGAACCAAAGCUCAAGGGACUUCCUUGAAAGGAGUAAUUUGCGUUUGAAUGUGUGCUGAAUACCAACAUUAAUUGCGUGUUUGUGACAUCCGCAGUUGUAGGUGGAUGUAAAAAUACAUGCAUCGAACGUAAAAAGAAAGAGCGAACAGCAAAAAAAAUAUUUACAACUUCCGGAAUCCGUCACCCGGAACUGAAACCAAUUCCCCUGAGAUUCGGGGGAAUUCGUGUGUUAUGUCAUCACCCCGACCCGGACGUCGCGCAUAAUAUCACGUCACAUAUCAACUGACCCGGGUAUAGUUUUAGUGUGACACGGGGCGUGUAAUUUACAUGUAUAUGUGUUUUUGGUUCCCAUUCCCUGGGGCUCGGAACAAGGAAGAAAUGAUGUGCAUGUCGUACUGUUAUAUUUCUCGGCAUCUUUCCUGUAAUUUGUGUAUCGACGUCAUCUCUUCCCAAUGUAAAAAUCGCUCCCGUUGUCUACAUCCCUAUUUUUGGAGGCGUGGGUGACUAUGUAGGCCUUUAUUUAAGUACGAAGCAUACAUACAAAUUAGGGUUGUAGGUGUCGUAGAGGGUUGAAUUUGCAAGAAAGGGCCUUUUACACGGCCGAGGACCUUGUUUUCAACGCCCCCUCUUAAUUUGCAUGAUAAUUUGCCUCAAUUCCUAGUUCAAGCAUGACUCAUAAGUAUAGUCAGUAAAGUAUCCGAAUAUAAAUUUAAAGUUUCCUAAAUGUAUAGUAUAAACACUUUUAAUCAUAAAUUUUUAGUUUCUGCUAAAUGCUACUUCUUUGGGCCGGGCACAACGAUCCCGGGCUCGGAUUAUCGGCGCGAGUACGGGAUCACGAGGAAGGAGUGUGCCGAGAGCUGUAAACAAGAUAUUUGUUGCAUGGGAUUCGAGUUCGUGGAAGGUCAGUGCACCCUGAAGAGCAAGUCCCUGAACGGCACCAUCGCUGCCAUGCCGAAUGCUUAUUUCGGGUUGUGUUUGGACUUUGGUAAGUGUUGAUCGACCAAAAGUUUCCCCACCCACGCCCUCAAAAAAUGCAAGUCAACCCACGGGGGAUUGCCCCAGGGGAAUCUGUUUAACUUUUGCUUUGGCUUCUACGGUAGCAAAAUUUUCUGAAAACAUAAAGGCUGACAUCAUUCGUCACUUUCCCAUCUCAAGGUACUCUCGAUUAACUUCGCGCAGUCGGACGGGAUUAAAACAAGACCGGUCUGUUGAAAGUUGUGAGGGCACUCAAGCGAAACUUUUAAAGGUUAGAAAAAGAAUGCGGGGGAAACAAAUUUAUGUACUGCACAUAGCAUUAAGAUGACUUGCAAAGGCGUGAAAGUUUAAUUUGCAAAGAGUUUAAUUCGAAAAGCGUCAAAUACAACCACAUUAUCAUAGUAAUUACAGAUGACGGAGAGCGAGACCGUUUCUAUGAUCACGAACUUGGAGGAAAGUUGUUAUCCAGCAAGGCCGACGUCAGCAAGGAGACUUGUAUGGAAUUCUGCGGCUACCAAGAGGAGGCGAUCAUCUUCUCCUGGAAGACCCAUGAUGAACUAAACCCUGAGGGCAUGGGGCAUUGCGAAUGUCUGAGUGUUCUUCAUUCCGUACGAUUAAGUUUCGGCUCAACAUCAGGAUUCUUGGUUUAA